GGGACGGACCCGAGUACCUCACGCAAGAUGGCGGAGCUGGAGGAGGUGACUCUGGACGGGAAGCCUCUUCAGGCGCUGCGGGUGACCGACCUGAAGGCCGCACUGGAGCAGCGAGGCCUAGCCAAGAGCGGGCAGAAGAGUGCCCUGGUCAAGCGGCUCAAAGGGGCUCUAAUGCUAGAAAAUUUACAGAAACACUCAACACCCCAUGCUGCAUUCCAGCCAAAUUCCCAGAUUGGCGAGGAAAUGAGCCAGAACAGUUUCAUAAAGCAGUAUCUGGAAAAGCAGCAGGAGCUGCUUAGGCAGCGUCUGGAACGUGAAGCUCGAGAAGCUGCAGAACUUGAAGAAGCUUCAGCUGAGUCGGAGGACGAGAUGAUCCAUCCCGAGGGAGUGGCUUCCCUGCUGCCUCCUGACUUUCAGAGCAGCCUGGAGAGACCAGAGCUGGAGCUCAGCAGACAUUCACCCAGUACUAUUUUAUGA